GGGGAAGGUACGAAUUCCCACCCAAGACCCAACGGAUAAAAUAGAACCACACGUUCCCCAGAGAAAGAUGCCAUAUUCUAUUCCCAUUCUACUCUCCAAAUUAUGAGCUGAAACACCACAGCUUCGAUUUAUUCAUUCAGUUGCUCGCCGAUCUCAGCUGAGUAAGAAAAUGCUGAUGAUUGAAGCUCACUCCGCCGCCGGAUUCGCCGCCGCUAACUUCUGCUCCUCCACUCGCUUCCUCUCUCACUCCGCCGCCUUCUUCGUUCCGAGGAAUACGUAUAGGAGGUGUGCCGGUAGGGUGAAGAGUGCAAAUGGAAUUAGAGCGACUGCAAAUGAGCAGUCCGGUUCGAGUUCAGGUCCGGUCAAGCAGAAUGCAAAGCCGCAGAGGUAUCACCCGUCUGAAGAAAUUGCUGAGUCGGAUUUGUUGAACGGGGAAGCGAUACUCACGCCCGCUGAGACUACUAGAACAAUAAUUGAGGUUAAUAGCAAAGCAACACUUAUGUUUACUGGUGUGGUGAGUGAGGACGUUCAUGAGAACAUUUUCUGGCCAGAUUUACCUUAUGCGACCGAUGAACAUGGAAAUAUCUACUUUCAAGUUAAGAAUGAUGAAGACAUCCUGCAAACGCUUACUAGUGAAGAAACCGUUGUGCAAGUCAUUAUUGGACUGGAUACUACAGAAAUGCUUAGUGAGAUGGAGGCACUUUCAGAACUUGGUUUUGGCAUAAACGAGUUGAACGAUGACGAUAGUGAUUUUGAUGAAGAUGAGGAUGAAGACGAUGAAGAUGAUGAUGAUGAUGGUGAAGAUGAUGAUGAUUAUGAAAAAGAUUGGGUUGGCAUUCUUGAUGAGCAGGAUGAGGAUGAGGAAAGUGAUGGAUCACUGGGAGACUGGGCUAAAUUGGAAACCAUGCGGUCUUCUCAUCCCAUGUAUUUCGCCAAAAAACUAGCAGAGGUUGUAUCAGAUGAUCCUGUAGAUUGUAUGGAACAGCCGUCUGCCGGCCUUGCUAUUCAAGGCCUUUUAAGGCCCGCAUUCAUUGAAGAACACUCUGGCCUCCAAAAGCAUACAUCUAGCGCUGAAUCUAGUGAUGGAGGAACAACUCAUAUUGCCGAUGAACAAUUGCAAGAAGGCGUUGUACAGAUUAAUGGCCACAGACAUGAAAAAGAAUCAGCACAAGAUCGCCCAAGUUUGGCAGAAGAAUUUGAGAAGAAUGAAACUCUAGGAAAUGGAUUUGCUUUUUACAAGCUAGAGAUGAUUAAAAUUCAGUUAGUUUCAUCUCAUGGGCAUCAGAGUUAUGUUGAAUUAGAAGAUUUUAGAAAGGCUCAGCCAGAUGCAAUAGCACAUUCAUCUGCAAAAAUUAUAUCCCGUCUCAAAGCUGGUGGAGAAAAGACCGCUCAAGCUCUGAAAUCCCUGUGCUGGAGAUGCAAGGGCAUUCAAGUGGAGGAAUGUGCUCUUAUAGGAGUUGACAGCCUUGGUUUUGACUUGAGAGUUUGCUCAGGAACACAAGUUCAGACAUUGCGUUUUGCAUUUAAGAAACAGGCAUCAUCGGAGUAUAGUGCUGAGAGGCAACUAAACGACUUGCUGUUUCCCAGAACACAAAAAUAUCAACACAAGAAAGAAGCUCAACAGACCGAGUCUUAGGUGCAAAAUUUGAGUUUGUUUAUGUUUUUCUGUGUUGUGCAUGUUGUCAAGAAGUUGUACAUAGCAUGUAGAAAAAUCUCCCAAACCUGCUUAUUUAUUCCUUUUAUCUACAAGUUCAUAAUCAAGAAAAUUCGUUUCUCCCCA